GCUGGUUCUCUCUCUUCAACUCUCAUAGGCCACAAGUGAAGGGACCUUAUCCAAAACUACACAGCAAUGGCGCGCGCUUGCUCGUCUCCCUCCUCGCCGUCGCCGUCGCCGGCGAGCAGCCGUCCUCUCCUCCCCUCGUCGGCCUCCAUCUCCGCCUUCCUCGCAUCCCACCCGGCCCUCACCCUCCUGCACACGCAAUGCGCCUCCAUGGCGCACCUCCGCCAGCUCCACGCCGCGCUCGUCAAGUCCGGCCUCGCCAGGGACCCCAUCGCCGCCAGCCGCGCCGUCGCCUUCUGUGCCGGCGACGGACGCGACGCCGCCUACGCCGCCCGCCUCGUCAGGCACCACCCGAGGCCCAACGCGUUCAUGUGGAACACCGCCAUACGCGCGCUGGCCGACGGCCCGGGGCCCGGCGCGGCCGUGGCGCUGUUCGUCGACAUGCUCGGGUCGCCGACGCCGCCCGAGCGGCGCACGUUCCCGUCGCUGUUCGCGGCGUACGCGCGCCUCGGCCGCGCCGGCGACGGGGCCGGGCUCCACGGCAUGGUGGUCAAACUCGGCCUCGGCGGGGACGCGUACGUGCGCAACUCCGUGAUCGCCAUGUACGCGUCGCGCGGCGCCGCGGACGAGGCGAUAGCGCUGCUCGCGCGGUGCGAGGCGUUCGACGCCGUGGCGUGCAACAGCGCGAUCGUGGCGCUGGCGAGGGCCGGGCGCGUCGACGAGGCGCGGGCGGUGUUCGACGGCAUGCCGGCCCGGACCGUCGCGACGUGGAGCGCCAUGGUGAGCGCCUACUCCCGCGACUCGAGGUGCCACGACGCCGUGGAGCUCUUCUCGGCGAUGCAGGCGGAGGGCGUGGAGCCGAACGCCAACGUGCUCGUCAGCGUCCUCGGCUGCUGCGCCAGCCUCGGCGCGCUGGAGCAGGGCGCGUGGGUGCACGCCUACAUAGACAAGCACGACGUCGCCAUGAACGCGCUCGUGGUCACCGCCCUGGUGGACAUGUACUGCAAGUGCGGCGACAUACGCAAGGCUCGCGAGGUGUUCGACGCGUCGAGAUCGCGGGGCCAGGCCAAGCUCUCGUCCUGGAACUCCAUGAUGCUUGGGCACGCAGUGCACGGGCAAUGGCGAGAAGCGGCCGCCUUGUUCUCCGAGCUGAGGCCUCACGGCCUACGCCCCGACAACGUCACCUUCAUCGCGAUCCUGAUGGCGUACGGCCACUCCGGCAUGGCCGACGAGGCGAAGGCGGUGCUCGCGUCGAUGGCGAGCGAGCACGGCGUCGUCCCGGGGGUCGAGCACUACGGCUGCCUCGUCGACGCGCUCGCCAGGGCGGGGAGGCUCCGGGAGGCCGAGGGCGCGAUCGCGGCGAUGCCGGUGGCGCCCGACGCGGCCGUCUGGGGCGCGCUGCUGUCCGGGUGCCGGCUGCACGGCGACGCCGAGGCGGCGGCGCGCGCGGCGAGGGAGGCCGUGCGGUGCGACCCGCGCGACAGCGGCGCGUACGUGCUCGCGGCGAGCGCGCUGGCGCGCGGCGGCGAGGCGCGGCGCGGCGCCGCGGUGAGGGGGAGGAUGAGGGAGGAAGGCGUGGGCAAGGUGCCCGGAUGUAGCAUGAUCGAGGUGGAUGGUGUUGUGCACGAAUUCGUCAGCUAAAAAUGUUGCGACUUAAUUAUUUCAGGUCACAGCUAAAAAGUUAAGAUGGCACAUAAACCAAGAUUGUAAAAUGUAUAGAAGCAUCGACCUGUAAAUUUUGCAUAAUUCUACUUAAGAGCGAAUUUCUGAAUACUACAGAUGUUUUUGUCUAAUCUAUUGCAAAAUUAUAGAUUUAAUAAUAUUUUGUACUGAACAA